AUGAGAAACAGAGCCUUCUUGCAGUUCUCCUUUUCGCCCAUUAUGACUACUCUUGUGUUGGCUGCCGUGUCAACUUCCUUCUUUUCAACCCUGAUUCUUGUGUCUGUCUUUGAUUCUACAACUCUGCGAUUCUUCCCGUCUCUUCCAAUGACAAAGCCAGCGACAUCUCCUGGACACUCAAAAGCAAGACAACCUAUCUCC